AUGUUUAUGGGAACCCCGCACAUGGGCGCGGAUAAAGCGCACUGGAUAACGCCGCUGGCGCGCCUUGGGAAUAUACUUCUCGGCGAUACGAAUACGAAGAUCGUACAGGUCCUCCAGCCUAUGUCGAAGAUGCUGCAGAAUCUGCAAGAGGAGUUUCACCUUAUCCUUGAUGAUAUUAGACGGAAUCAGCCCGGGAAUACUAUUGAGAUCUUUUGUUUCUAUGAGAAGUUGGAAGCUAAGAGGUUGAGAGACAAGGUUGUCCCUGAUUGCUCUGCUAUCUUGUCCGACUAUGGGAAUCGAAGUAUCUAUGCGAAGCAUAUGGUAAUGACUAAGUCUAGCAACGCGAAAGAUCCUGGAUUCGUCUCUGUCAGUGACCAGCUUUGGACUUGGACGAAUGUGCCUGAGAAACAGGCAGCUUCGGUUCCUGUACAGAAUGGAAGGCAAUACCCAGAUGGUGGCCCAGAACACCCAUAUCUGAUUGACUCAGGCGGUGGUCCGAUUUUCCAGGGAAACCAGACCGCCGGUCGGAAUAUAAAUAUCAACACCCUAUAUCGUCGAUGA